UUCCCCUUGGGUUGACUAUUUUAUCAACAAAUUAAAAUGACAACUCAUUUACGACAAAAACAAUAAUUAUAUGACAUUUAGACAUACAAAGUAUUGAUCUGAUAAUAAAAAGCAAAUUAUGUGAUAAUAUUAUUACAUAAUAUAGGAUGACAUUUUCGCGGGUUAUACUGUUUGCUAAUUACCAUAUUUUAUAUUAGUCAGAACAACCUACGUUAACCAUAAGUACUUAACUGGUCACACAGUAACAUGUAUAAUAUUUACUUGCUAUAUGACUUCGAAGGUCGGACUUUACUACCGUGAGGUUAUAUUUAUUCGUCUGUCUACAAAAUUAAGAUGAAUUGAAGUCCAUUUCGAAAGACAAAAAGGAAUGUUUUCAAAUCUGACCGUACAAGACUUGGAAGAACAUAAUUUUCAAAAGGAUGGCAUUGGAGUUACAAUAUUUUUAUCUUUACUUUGCGUUGUCGGUGUAUUUGGAAAUGCGCAUGCGUUUCUGAUUUACACUUUCCGUUUUAAACCAACAAAUUGCCGUGUUUUUGUUCAGUGGCUUUCCUCGGUAGAUAUUGCAGUAUGUGUUAUCUGCAUCCCGUUCGAAAUAUCCAUUGUCGUUCGGAAUAUGACAUAUAAGUAUGACAUCGUUUGCAAACUAUUUCGAUUCCUUACGCAUGCUCUGGUGAUAUCAUCCGGUUUCAUGUUAGCCGUCAUUGCAAUCCACCGGAAAAGAAAACUUGGGAAUCCCCAUGGCAGACAAUUCACACUAAAAAAGGCCCACAUUGCUUGUUUUGUGGUUCUAAUAAUAGCAGGGCUAAUCUCUGUACCAAGUGUUUAUUUUUAUGGUGCUGUAGAAAAUGGAACACCGGAUGUAGAAAGUUACCAGUGUACAGUCGAUCCAAAAUAUUUUAUGGCAUCUUAUUUUAUUAUAUUCAUUGUUUUCUUAGCGGUUUUAUUGAAUAUUUUAUACGUAAUUUGCAUUAUUGCAUAUUCAAUUGUUAUAAAGAUAAUCACCAGUCAGAUAAAAAGUAGGUUCUCUACAAGGCUUCAGACAAAUUUAGCAAAAAGCAACAAUGAUCAAAAGGAUAAGACACGGGAUAAAACUGAAAAACCGAACGACAGUCUUAAAUACUCGCGGGAUAUUUCAUUUUUAUUCAUUGCGGCAUCAACUAUGUCUUAUGUUGGAUAUUUGUUAACUGUAAUCAGCUUUUUGAUUGAUUUUAUCAAUCCAGACACUACUGGUUCCUUUAAAUCCAUGUCAGCCAUAAUGUACAGAGGAUUUUUCAUCAGUAGUGCGGGGAAUCCUGUAGUUUAUCUGUUUUUGGAAAGACAGUUCAGAGUGGAAUGUAAAAAUGUUUAUUCAAAAUUGUUUGGAAAAUGUUGUUGGAGCAAGGAAAUAACGAUUACCGUAUAAAUAUCUUCAGAGCAAGAACAUAACUACAACCGACCGUGCAAGGGCUGUAUAGCCAGUCAAAUCGUUAAAAACUUCCAUCAUCAUCAUAACUAGUACCGUAUAAAAUUAAGAUCUAUCGAAACUGGCGAACUCAUAACAAAAUCAUAGUUCUAUCUUUUGAUCAGUUGGUAAUGGUCCAUAACAUUUAUUCUAAUUGUUCUUUUACACACAUGACUGCAAGUGCUCCCAUCCGUUAAUAUUAAAGUCAAUAGACAACUUUCGAGUUCGUUAAUUCCGUCAAAAUAUUCGGUUUUAGAGAACAUCAUUCGUGCGUUUAUGGGCGUCGUUCAAAAUUUAGAAUAAUGAACAACAAUCUAGUUUAUCCUGCAGAAUGACGAUCACGAAGACGCUUGAUGAACUUUAAUAGACACAACUCGAAAGAGGUCUACUAUCUCUGUUUUUUUACAAAUAAAAGGAGAGGUAUUUUUGUUAUUAUAUAAUUUGUUUUAUCAUAAUGAUGAUGAUGAUGAUGAUGAUGAUGAUGAUGAUGAUGUGAUGAUGAUAUGAUGAUGAUGACGUGCCGGGUCAGUAAUAUAUACACGUUUAACACGGAUGGUCUACUCCAACAUACAGGUAUACACAGAUGUUCCGGGUUACAUUUUACAUUUUUAGGCUUGAAACUUUCAGCUGUGAAAAGUUAACUAAUAUGUUGUUUGGUCGAUUUUGUAAGUUAUUAUAUCUGGCAGACUUCAAGUAAAAAUAAGACGACUUAUAUCGUUUGAUCUUUGAAACACUUAAGUUUGUGAUCAUGUAAAGUAUGUUAGCUUUUUUUAAGUGCCGGAUUAAAAAAGUAAUUUGUUU